AUGGUUCCGCAGACUCCACAUUCCAGGUGCGUCCCGGACAUAGGAGCCAUGAGGCAAGGCAAACCUGGAAUAUGGUUCCGCAGACUCCACAUUCCAGAGAGAGAGAGAGAGAGAGAGAGAGAGAGAUGUCUACAAAAACACAGGCUCUCGUUGCUUGUAUUUAUUGUUUUGGGGGCUGCAGGCUUCUCCCAUUCGAUUUUGGACGGCAGUUGGUACCCAGCCAAGGCCACUUACUUCCCCUUUACCGAUCCUUCAGAAGGCGUAGGGGGUGCUUGCGGUUACGGGGACCUUGUGCAGACCGGGUACGGGAAGACGAAUGUGGUGGCCAUAAGUGAUGCUCUCUUCAACAAGGGAGCCGGUUGUGGUGGAUGUUAUGAGGUAAAGUGCGUUGAUAAUCCCCAAUAUUGCAAAGCAGGAACCUCUGUAAACCUCACUGCCACCAAUUUCUGCCCACCAAACUAUGCCUUGCCUGGAAGUGAUCCAGGCGGCCUCUGCAACUCCCCCAACAAACACUUUGUCCUGCCUUUCAUGGCCUUUACCAAGAUUGCAAUUUGGAAGGCAGAUAUCAUGUCUCUUCAAUACAGAAGAGUCAAAUGUAUCAGACAAGGCGGAAUGCGUUUCAGACUGACCGGCCAAGGCUACGUGAUCAUGGUUUUGUUAAGCAAUGUGGGUGGAUCAGGUGAGGUUACAAAUGUGAAUAUAAGAGGAACACAAGAUGGUUGGAUCCCUAUGGGAAGGAACUGGGGCUCUAUUUGGCGUGUUAAUGCUGAUCUCAAGAACCAGUCUCUCUCUUUUGAGGUGAGGGCAAGUGAUGGACCUAUUGUUACAUCUUAUAAUGUUGCUCCUCCAACUUGGCAGUUUGGCCAGACCUUUGAAGGCAAGCAGUUUCCUUGA